GAUGGCGGCAGCUGCGGUGGGUGUUAGACUACGGGACUGCUGCAGCCGGGGCGCUGUGCUCCUGCUCUUCUUCUCCCUUUCCCCUCGGCCCCCAACUGCCGCCGCCUGGCUGCUGGGCCUGAGGCCCGAGGACACCGCUGGAGGCCGCGUGUCCCUGGAGGGGGGCACCCUACGUGCGGCAGAAGGCACCAGUUUCCUCCUGCGCGUCUAUUUCCAACCCGGGCCCUCCGCGCCUGCGGCGCGGGUGCCCGCACCCACCCUUUCCCCGGGGGAGAAUGACACCAGAGACUGGGCUCCGCGGCUGGUGUUUAUCGAGGAGCCCCCGGGCGGGAGCAGCUUGGCGCCCAGCGCUGUGCCCACGCGUCCUCCGGGGCCUCAGCGUUGCCGCGAGCAGAGCGAUUGGGCGUCGGACGUGGAGGUCCUGGGGCCCCUGCGCCCCGGAGGCGUGGCCGGCUCUGCUCUAGUCCAGGUGCGGGUGCGGGAGCUACGCAAGGGCGAGGCAGAGGGGGGAGGCGCGGGCGGUGGCGGGAAGCUCUUCUCGCUGUGUGCCUGGGACGGGCGCGCCUGGCACCACCACGGCGCCGCCGGCGGCUUCCUGCUGCGCGUCCGCCCGCGGAUGUACGGCCUGGGCGCCGGCCUGCUGCCCCCGGCGUGGCUGCGGGCGCUCGGGGCGCUCCUGCUGCUCGCCCUGUCUGCUCUGUUCAGCGGCUUGCGCCUGAGCCUGCUCUCGCUGGACCCGGUGGAGUUACGGGUGCUGCGGAACAGCGGCUCGGCCGCCGAGCAGGAGCAGGCGCGCCGCGUGCAGGCGGUGCGCGGCAGGGGAACCCACCUGCUCUGCACGCUGCUCCUGGGCCAAGCCGGAGCCAACGCGGCCCUGGCCGGCUGGCUGUAUACCUCGCUGCCGCCGGGCGUCGGGGAUCAGGGGGAAGACUACGGGGAGGCGGGGAUUCACUUCCCUUGGCUGCCGGCGCUCGUGUGCACCGGUGCCGUGUUCCUGGGCGCGGAGAUCUGCCCCUAUUCGGUGUGUUCGCGGCACGGACUGGCCAUCGCCUCACACAGCGUGUGCCUCACCCGACUCCUGAUGGCGGCCGCUUUCCCCGUGUGUUACCCGCUGGGCCGCCUGCUAGACUGGGCGCUGCGCCAGGAGAUCAGCACUUUCUAUACAAGGGAAAAGCUACUGGAAACUCUGCGGGCUGCGGACCCCUACAACGACCUGGUGAAGGAGGAGCUCAAUAUCAUCCAGGGCGCCCUGGAGCUUCGCACAAAAGUGGUGGAGGAGGUGCUAACCCCCCUCGGAGAUUGCUUCAUGCUGCGCUCCGAUGCCGUGCUGGACUUUGCCACUGUCUCUGAGAUCCUGCGCAGUGGCUACACUCGCAUCCCCGUAUACGAGGGCGACCAGCGGCACAACAUUGUGGACAUUCUGUUUGUCAAGGACUUGGCCUUCGUGGACCCUGACGACUGCACUCCACUCCUCACCGUCACCCGCUUCUACAACCGGCCCCUGCACUGCGUCUUCAACGAUACUCGGCUGGACACCGUGCUGGAGGAGUUUAAGAAGGGAAAAUCUCACUUGGCCAUUGUCCAACGAGUGAAUAAUGAGGGAGAAGGGGACCCCUUCUACGAGGUGAUGGGCAUUGUUACGCUGGAGGACAUCAUAGAGGAGAUCAUCAAGUCAGAGAUCCUGGACGAAACUGACCUCUAUACCGACAAUCGGAAGAAGCAGAGGGUGCCACACCGGGAGAGGAAGCGGCAUGACUUCUCCUUGUUUAAGCUUUCUGACUCGGAGAUGAGGGUAAAGAUCUCCCCACAGCUUCUGCUGGCCACGCACCGCUUCAUGGCCACAGAAGUGGAGCCCUUUAAGUCUCUGUACCUUUCGGAGAAAAUCCUGCUCCGGCUCCUGAAACAUCCCAACGUGAUCCAGGAGCUGAAGUUUGAUGAGAAGAACAAGAAAGCCCCAGAACACUACCUCUACCAGCGCAACCGCCCCGUGGACUAUUUUGUGCUGCUUCUCCAGGGUAAAGUGGAGGUGGAGGUUGGUAAGGAAGGCCUUCGCUUCGAGAAUGGAGCCUUCACCUACUACGGCGUCCCAGCCAUCAUGACCACUUCUUGCUCAGAUAACGAUGUGCGGAAGGUGGGGAGUCUGGCUGGAUCGUCUGUCUUUCUGCCCGUCUCUGUGUCUCAUACCUUCGCCUUCAGCAGAGGGGACUCUCUGGCAGGCUCCCCAGUGAACCGCUCCCCUUCCCGCUGCAGCGGGUUGAACCGCUCCGAGUCUCCCAACCGAGAGCGCAGCGACUUUGGAGGGAGCAACACCCAGCUGUGCAGUAGCAACAACAACCUCUACACGCCUGACUACUCAGUUCACAUCCUGAGCGACGUGCAGUUUGUGAAGAUCACACGGCAGCAGUACCAGAAUGCACUCACCGCCUGCCACAUGGACAGCUCACCCCAGUCCCCGGACAUGGAGGCCUUUGCUGAUGGAGACUCCACCAAGGCGCCCACGAUCCGGGGCACGCCCCAGACCCCCAAGGAUGACCCUGCCGUCACCCUCCUGAACAACAGGAACAGCCUGCCGUGCAGCCACUCAGAUGGGCUGAGAAGCCCCGGCGAGGUCGUGUACCUGAGGAUGGAGGAGAUGACCUUCACCCAGGAGGAUGUGACAGACUUCGAGGAGCACAGCACGCAGCGGCUCUCUCUGUCUCCUGCAGUGGUUCCCGCAAGAGCAGCAUCAGAUAGUGAAUGUUGCAAUAUCCUCCUGGAUACAGAGACCAGCCCUUGCAGUAGCGACUUGGAGGAAACCGUGGGCAAGAAGCUGCUGAGAACCUUGAGUGGUCGAAAAGGGAAGCGGUCACCUGAUGGAGAGAGAGCCUCUGAGGAGAACUCCAAUUUAACACCUUUGAUCACAUGACAGGGGCAGACAUCGUUCGCUGAGUGCGUGAGAUUCCAGAGCUUUGGGGGAGAACCCACCGGCCCAUCAUCUGCUUCUCCCAAGGCCUCCCACAGGUGACAGAGCGCACUGCUCCCCUUACCACCUCUUCACCCCUACAUGUCAGGUUGGCAGACUUUCCCUCGUUGCCUCCAGUUUGACUCAGAGGCUUGCUGUGGCCAGAACGGAAGGAGGUGGCUCCAGGGGGGAACAUGUUAGAAAUGGUCUUGUCCACGGCACAGUCUGGACUGGAGAAGACAUGACCCCAAGCUGACAUUGCCACUUGGGGACCUUUGAUGCCCUUUUUGUUCUUGAGAUCCCCUGAUGUCAUAUUUCAUGCUUAGCUUAGCUCACAGGUGCCACUGAGAGACAGGCACAGAGGAGGCUGAAGUAGCAGGUAUGCAAGUUAGUUCAGAACUAAUGCACCAAGGAUUCCUCCAGAACUUGAAGGCAGCGGGAUCAGCCGUGUUGGCAUGUAAGGUAACAGCACAGAAAACGGUGGGUGGUUGGUUUCCUGUUAGAUGAGGGUUCCGGCAGUCCUGAGGAGUAUGUCUCGGCUGGAACGGAAAGAAUGUAAGGUGGAACCUCAAGUCACUAAUUUUCCCAGGGACACAUCUGCUUUGGCUUCCCCUCACUAGUUACCAAUCCAUCAAUAAAUCUGCCCUGGGAGAGGAGGGACAGGGAGCAGAGACACCCAGUUGGGAGCCAGAGAUGGAACUUCAGGUUUUAAAAAUAGAAGUAGAAUAUAUAUGGAAAAAUUCUAGGCUGUUGAAGCAAGUUCAGCCAUGACAAACCAAAGAGUGCCAGGUCAGCCAAGAAGGAUGCGAGGUCUCAUGGGACUUCAGUGUGCGUUACACAGGAACAGUGAAGAGUCUCCUCUUUUCCAUCCAUUCCCCCCACCCCUACCCCUUAAUACAUCCCAGCAGGUCAGCCAUGUGCGCUUUAAUCCAAGAACAUGUUAGAUCUCUGGUUCUCCUCCUGGAUGUGGGAGCAGAUGCAAUUCAAAGCGUCACCAUCAGAUGGCAGGAUGACCGCACAUACCUACUUGAGUAAACAAGUUCUACUCAGGACUCAAAGCCAGCCUUAGGGAAAAUGUGGAUGUGAAGGUUGUCUUUGGGACAUCUGUGUCCCUUUCUGAUCUAGGUCCCUGAUCCAGGGCUACCUGUUGAAUCUCCAGAACAUUCCCUAACUUUUCCUUGGGGGAGACCGCCAGACUUACCUCCCCUUCCUCCACAAUC